AUGGUAUGGGUCGGGGUCUAUGUUGCAGUAGCAUCUUUAGUCUGCUCCAUAGCUAUGGCUGCGGACGCCUUCCAUGGGUUCCGCCACAAAAAACUGUGGUUUCCAUGCAAAUUUUUCUCUCUCAAUGCUGCUUCUCUGACAAUAUUAGCUGUAGCAAUGAAACUGGCUGUGGAUCUAAGCACAAACAUGCCACGCAAAAAGGAUCAGCUGGCAAAACUCAGCAGCACCGCCUUGAUGUCUACAGCAAUAGGUAAUUUUAUGCCAUCUUUAGGAACCAUGGAUGACACAGAAAUCCUAAUGAACAUGACAGCCUUGGCUAUUCUGGUAACCACCAUCCUUGCAAAUGUCUGCAUCCAAUUAGGCACUGGCCUAAUAAAUAGAAAUCUUAUUGUAGAACAUAUUGCAGUUAUGUUUUUCAUGUUUGUUUCGCUUGUCAUAUUGAGUUUCUCAGCCUUGACAGUUUCAACCACUAAAAAACAUUUACAGCUGAAGUAUAGUGAUUUACAUAAAAUCACUUCAACUGAAGAAUCGGUGGGAAUUGGAAUGGCCACCACCCAAAAACUAAAAGAUUAUGUGAAAAAGUAUUGGAUGAUGGCUGAAACAGGUAGCCCUCAAUUUGUGAUGGCGCGUUCUGUGAACUGCUCUGCUUUAGGGGCAAUAUGUUCUCUGACUACUGUCAUUUUAUUAGAAGCGGAGCUGAGGACGUACUUUACAGACAGAUGUUUUUACAGCACUAUCGGGGUGGUAGUAGGUACAACUGGGCCAGUUUUUAGAUGGUUCAUUGCCACAAUAUUCAAGUGCUCAGUAAAAAAAGGCAAGAGCAGCAAAACUGAGUGGAAGACGGAGUAUUACUGGAUCAGAAUGCUGGUAGGGUGGCGAGAGAGACCCUUGGCUUUACGCUUCCGGAGCCAAAAUUGCAGAAAACUUGUUCACAGCACAAAGAAUCGAAUUCUGAGCUUCUGUAUUGGAGUUCAGAUUGUGAUCGUCACGGCUGGCAAAUUAGUUUUGCUCAUCUCCAGUUUCCUACUAAGCCCGUUGUUGUCAUGUUUCCACUGCUGCAAGGUCUUAAAGCAGAAGCUCCUGUCUAAAUCUAAUGCCUCAAGCAAUCACACAGGAUCAGAAUUGGAACCUGGUACCCAACUGGAUCUUAGCCGUUUUGUUCUGUAUCUUGACGGUGAGGCGGAACUGCCCCCACAGAUCAUGAACAACAUCAGUAAUGCUACAGAUCAUUUGAUUCAGAUAGGUAAAAAGCAGCAGCCUAAAUAUCUUAAAGAGCUUUUAGGGAAAUCUACUGGUUUCGAAGGAGUGGCAAAGUUUGAUGUUGACCAAAUUCCAUCUCUGAAUUUUAAAGAACCACCCAACUCUUGGACUCUGCCUUUGGUUACACUAACAAGCAUCGCCAUUGCACUUCCUAACAUUGAAAAUCAGAAGAUGAAGCAGUUGCACAGAAGCAUAAGUGAAGGCCUCUUGUAUGUCAGCCUUGUAGAAAAAAUCCUUGAUUCCAAAGCUGACUUGGUAAACAUUAGAAAGAAAGCAGAGAGAGUGUGGGAAGGAGUUGAUCUCUUCCGCAAGUGGCUUGAUAAAGAUCUCCGAAAUAUCGCUGUUGAAGGAAAAACCUCAAAGAAGACUCUGGAGAGACUUGUUAACAUAGCUAAAACUAUUGUCAUGGAAUAUAAGGCAGGGAUGAAUGGGCAGGAGAACCCAUUGAACUGGCCCAUGGAGGUUAUUGCUGCUAAUUCAAUGUACAGAAUCAGCCAAACUUUGCUGCUAGACCAUGAAGGCAGCGAAUACCAGAUGGAUCAUGAAACACUGUUUGAGCAAUUAUCUGUUAUGGUCGUGGAUAUAUUGGGUGCUUGUCUUACCAACUUACCGCAUGUUAUAACUACGGAAUGCUUUCGCAGUGCCAUAGAAGAGAGGGAGAAAAGUGUCAAACAUGCAGCUCGUCUUCUUGGUGAAACUGAAGAGAUUCUCGAUAUCCUUCAACAGCGUGAACUCCCUAGUCUGAAUCCUGAUCAAGCGGCUAAUAUCAAUGAGUGGCAUGCUUCGAUGAAGAAAGAAGAUCCCUUGGCCUUUACUUCUUCAUUCAACAAUGGUGCAUCUUCUUUUGGUUCUAGUAAGUCUAUUGAGUAG